UGAAUUUUAAUCAAGGAUAGUGAAUUAAAGUAGAUCAAAAUUAAUUCAUAAAAAAUGGAAUUCAAUGUCAAUGGGAAAGUUGCUGUAGUCACUGGGGGGACUAGAGGCUUAGGGCUCGAUUGUGCUGAAGCACUUGUGUUGCAUGGAGCAAAGACUGUUGUAAUCACUUCACGUAAGGCCAAAGCUUGUGAAGAGGCAAAGGCUUAUCUUGACAAAGUCGCUAAAGGCAAUGGUAAAUCAGCAACAAUUAUUGCAAUUCCAGCAGAUAUUGCUAAGGAUCAAGAUCUUGAACAAUUUUUCAAAGAUGUAAGUGCCAAAAUUGAUAGAUUAGACAUUCUUAUUGCAAAUGCAGGUGCAUCAUGGGGUGCACCACUUAGUGAACAUCCAGUAUCUGCCGUUAGGAAAGUAUUGGAUUUAAAUGUUGUGGCGGUUUUCCAUUGUAUUAAAUUAUUCACACCUUUAUUAGCUGAGUCUGGAUCUGCUGAAGAUCCUUCAAGAAUUUUGAUUAUGUCUUCAGUUGCAUCUUUGGUACCACAGGAUGCUGCCGGUACCUAUGGAUAUUUGGCAUCCAAGGCUGGUGUUUCACAUAUGGGUAAGAACUUGGCUAUCCAGCUUGGUCCUUCCAACAUCAAUGUAAACUCCUUGGCUCCUGGUUUCUUCCCAACCAAAAUGUCAAAUGGACUUCUUGAAGUUUUUGGUGAAGUUAUGGUUGAGAUGAACCCUAAAAGGAGAUUGGGUGUUAAGGCUGACAUUCAAGCUGCUGUUAUAUUCUUGUGCUCUAAGCCAUCAGCCUACAUCAACGGAAUUGUGUUACCAGUUGAUGGUGGUUCGCACUUGGUUGGUAGUCCAUCUCCUCCAAGUAAGAUUUAAUCAAAUAUUUACAAAAUACUUGAUUUCUAAAUCC